AUGGUUUUCAUAGAUACACUUAAGGAGAUACCCAGCAUUGAAUUGACCAUUGACGUGUGGGCUCGCUCUUCGCGGAGAUCCUUCAUCGGUGUUGUGGGGCACUACUAUCCCGAAGUCAAUGGGCAACUUAGAAGAACACUGAUCGAUUUCAUCGAUCUGAAAGGUCGUCAUACCCGUGCCAACAUCGCCGACAGUGUCUAUGCUGCUCUGCCGAAAUGUAACUGUGUCUCGAAGAUAUGUCCGUUCACUACGGACAGUGCCAGCACAAACUUCCGGGCUAUGGAUCUUCUUCGUGAGCGUAUGGUUGUUACCUUUGCUCAUCUGGGCUGUGCUGGGCACAAGCUACACUUAUCGGUUACCAACUCCUUUGGACUAUGCGUAACCGAGAGUGCUUCAGUCGAAGACAUAGGUAGGUCCCAGGAAGACAUCGAAUCUGGAUCGAAUGACGGUAACGAUGAUGUACCA